GACUUGUUGUAAUUCACUUGAAAGGAUGUAUGAUUAAGAUGUUAUGAACUAUGAAGUGAAAAUGAGUUACAUUUGAGGAGUUUUUUCACCACGUUCCCAGUGGAACAUAAGGCUUCAAGCUAGUGGCUUGAAGUUUCUGUAGCAGUGGUGUUUAAUUUUACAGGAUGAGGCUGCUAGCCAGCCUCAUGCCUAGCCAACCUUUCCUCUUUACCAGGAUUAUUUCUGGCUUAGCGAGCGAGGUAAAGGAGUGAGUCGUCCAGUGGCCGGGGAUCGAACCCCGGACCAUGUGUAUGGUUGGCGAGCGUCCUAACCGCUAUGCCACCAACGCACCUUAUAUUCAUGCAAGUUCUGCUUAUUAAUUAAUACUCACUAGUAAGGAGGAUGGAUAUAUAGCCUUGUAGUGACUCGACGUAAUCUAGUGGAUAGUGACUAGAAGUAGAAUCCAUGGGGAUAAUGCGCAUUUUACCCCCUCACCCUGUUUAGAAUUGUUUCAUCAGCUAGGAGAAGUAUCGUACCUGGAUUCCCCGGUGAAUGAGUCAUUGAUGGUAUUUCUCCCACCCCUACCCCUUAGUGAGGCUCAAACUCAAUACUCAUCGUCUUAUCCAGUAGAAAUGUCAACCUGAGAUCAAACACUUCAGCUUAAUCAAUCAACAAGAAAUUCCAGACUGAAUCCAAUAACUUGUAGAGAUUCCUUUUGCCUACCUGCACAACUUGAAUCGGUACUAUUCAAUUUUAAGUGAAGCAGUUCUAGCUACUUUUCACCAAUAUAUAUUAUUAAUAUAACAACAGUACAGUACUACCAUAUAACUACACAUUUACCCCAGUUGCAUGAGUUCUUAUUUUGUCUGUUUUUUUUAUGCAGCUAACAUGCAUUUAGGUGAAUGAUAUUCAGCUUAUGACAGUGUACUCUUUAUUCACUGACUAAUUUUUUGAUGAAUAUUUAAUUUGACGAUGUCAUGAGAGAGAGAGAUACAACAACUUUAUUACAACAAAUUCAAUGUUUCAUAUGUUGUGACUGCUUUCAUUGCACAAUCGGCUUAACUGAACUGACAGAACACACUGUCUUUUACUGCAUGAAGUUUUUGAGGUGCAUAUUACUUUUCAUCUUUUUUUUUGUCUUCAUUCGAUAUCAUGUUUGUUAUUCUAAAAAAUCAAAGAUAAAACUGAAUGGUUCGUUCAUCAAUUUUUCCGUGUGCUCGUCCAGCUGUUCAAACUAUUCAUCAAAAUGAAAGCUGCAUGAAAGACAAAAACUCAAAAACAACAAAAUAUUUAAUUCAGUUUUAGAUUUUACCAUCGAUUGAUUGAUUGAUUGAGUGAGUGAACCAAAGUGCCCGGUGUCAAGCCAAGCUGACAUGUCGCCUUCUACUUGUGCAGAUGCUUCAAUGAUGAUGUUCUGAGCAUGUCAUUAGAAGUUAGUUGGUGGAUGGUGACUAGCAGUGGAAUACAGGAUAACGUGUAUUUCGUCCUACUUGGGACUCAUCAGCUACAUGCGCUUGUAUUACCCAGUGAAUCAUGCGACUACACGAGUUCUAACCAAGAAACGAAAUGACACAGUUUCAACCACUGGUGGCAGCGUUGGUGGUGGUGGUGGGAAUAAAGUUCAUCACUUUAGUAAUCAAAAUAUGGUGUUGCAGUCUGGUCCUAGCGGGACUGGUACACUCGUCUCCCGAUCAAGACAAACUGGAACAACAUCAGGAAAUAGCAGUAGCAUUGUUGCUGCGGCGAUAUCAGCCGCUGCAGCUGCAGCUGCAAUGUCAGGUGCUGGAGUUGUCAAUAGUCCACUAAAUGGUUUACAUAAUUUUUCUGGCUUACAUUCAUCAAAUAGCUAUCCAGGCAACAAUUUACUUUUUGCUCAGAAUAAUAUGGUAUCUCUAGGGAAUUCAAUCAAUACAUCUGUAGCUGGUUCAUUAGCAUCGGUUGCAGCGUUGUCUACACCAGCGUCUACACCAACAGCUGCAAAUAUAGCCAGUUAUCUGAAAGCUCAACAACAACACCAACAGCAACAAAGUUUAGUAGGAGCUGCUACGACUGUUGCCUUACAACAGCAACACCAACAACACAACCCAUUGUGCAAUACAAAUGAUCCAAAUGCUCAAGCUAUUCUUGCUGCAUUAACACUUCAAAAUUUCAAUGUUUCUAAUCCAUUAAUUACAUCCCAGCUAUUAAAACAACCUUUAAGUGGUCUUUCAUUCCCAUUGGAUAAUGUGAUUUCAAAUCUCCCGCUACAAACACAAACUCAUUCACAUCAACAACAACAACAACAGCAGCAAACACAAACAAGUCUAUUCAAUAGUAAUAAUAACAAUAAUCAUAAUAAUAGUAUGAGUACUGCUGGUACCACCAAUCUAAUGAAUACAAGUAAUAAUGGUGGUAUUAAUCCAUUUGCUUUAAAUGCUGCCACUGCCGCUGCCGUGGCUGCUGCUGCUGCUACCAAUCCAAAUAUUGGCACUGAUUUACUACUGAAUUCCCAGCCGGGUAGAGCUUAUCAGCUGUUGAAACCAACAUUUACUAAUCUAAAUCCACUGGGAUCAAAUAAUCUUACUUCCCUUAACACCUCACUUGUAGGAUCAAAUUUAAAUCUUUCAUCUGCUGCUCAACUUGGUCUACCAUUAAUGACUAAUACGAAUGUACAAAAUUUGAAUCUUCUCACAGCAGCGUCAUCAGCAGCAGCACAAACAUCAUCUUCGUCACCAUCAACAUCGAUUGCAUCGUCUAUUCAUCAAACAGCUACAAAUUUUGAUUUGAAUUCAAAUGAAGCUAAACUAUGGUUGGCAACUUUAUUUGGAGGCAACAGUGUUGGCGUUAAUCAGUCGGAUCUUAGAAUGUUGAAUAACAGUCCAAAUAAUAAUAAUAAUAAUCAAAUUUAUCAAAUGUACAAGUCGAAUAAUAAUUUGAAUGAUAGCACCAAUGCUUUGUUGAAAACGAAUUCUGUAUCAAAAACUAAUCAGGCAAAAAUGAAUAUUACGGUACAACAAAUCCAUAAUAUCUCUAAUAAUGCUACUACCAAUAAUAAUAAUAACAAUAAUAGUAAUAACCAUAAUACAAGUGGGAAUGGUAAUAAAACUAAUGAACAUACUUUAACGCAAAAUCAGUCGAAUAUUAACACGUCUAAAAGUGGUGUCCUUUUAACCCACAGUACAAAUACUCAAGAUAUGAAUAGUUUAACAAAUGCUGCUGCUAUGGCUGCAGCAGCAUGUUGUAUAAAUCCCCUGAGCUUUGGAAUUAAUCCUCUAGCCUCCCUAUCAUCAUACACGCCUAAUUCAUCGUAUAUAAAUGGAACAGGAUUACUUACUGAUCUAUUCAGUGGUACACCAGCACAACAAACAACUCUUUCAGCUAACACACUAGUGUCUGAUAUGAACUCGACAAAUACAAAUUAUUUGUCGAAUUUUUGGCCAAUAAUACCACCAUCAGUUUCUGGUCUGUCUUUGCCUACACCCAGCUAUGCAUCUCCGUUAAUUAUUGGAAAUCAAACAUUAUGUCGUCAAAAUACAAGUAUACCGCGUUUCUCUACUUACUAA